AGGAGCCCCUGGCGAAGUGGGAUUAUUGCAUUUGCGGCUGUCAUCGGCAUUUUCAUGAUACUGCUGAUGCUUGGCAAUGCGAUAACAAUGUUGAUGAAAUACAAAAAUAUCACCAACUACAAGAACAAAAGUGAAAAUUUGGAAAAUAUUAGCGAGAACGCUAACGCAAGGCAGAUGGUCAGCAGCGUUGAAAUUGCGUUGUUGACAAACGAAUUUGCUGCAACGAUUAACACGAACAACAGCAGCAAUCAAAUGUACAACAGCAACAAUAAAAACAACGACAGUACACGUAUAGACAGUCGAGUACGGCAACUUUCUGAAAUUGAUGCUGUUGAUGAGAAUUAUACCGUUGCCGCCUUUCAUGGCAAUCAUAAUAAUUUGCUGGCCCCUCCUACUGCGGCACAGCGCCAUAAUCGCUUUGAUGAUGAAAUUAAUAUAAGCAAUCAACGCAAUGAAUUUAGCCAGCGACCUCAAGCAGCAGCGGGAGCUAUGGCAAGGCAGAUGGAGAUUGCUGUAGGAGCAUCGAAGUCGAGUGAAAAUGCUGGUGGAGUGGUGGAACAUGAAGCUGCUUGGCAAGAGCAGCAGCCGCAACAGCAACAGGCGAGUAAGGAAUUGGUGCUUCACCGUCAAAAGCGUUAUUUGAUUUUUCCCGAAGGCAGCUCAUUCCAAAUGGUAUUCGAUCUCAUCAUCGGCAUGGUGGACUACACGAACUAUCUCAUUUUGGGCAUCACUUGCGCCGUUGCCUGGGAAUUGCCGAGUAAACCGCCCAGUGAGUUAAUCGAAGAUUUACAUGAAAAAGUCACUGAAGGCAUCUAUCCAACAAGUGAACAAGCAGCGCCUGCGGCAAUGCGUCGCAACGAUACUAGUGUGGAUACAAACAAAGUCGGCGAUACAAAAUAUGGCAUGGCCCCCGCAGGCAUCAAAUAUGUUGACAAUGCAAAUGUGGCUGCGUUUACCGGCAUCAACUAUGGCGGAAAUAUGCAACAGGCGCAGGUGGUGUCAACACAGUCUCAGCGAUUGCCACCGCCAGCGCUGUCACCACUAAAUGCCAUGGAAGCGUCGUACUAUACGACGGCACGUCAAUCCAAUCCAUUCGCCUCGCCCAUCACUGAAUUUAAUGUCAAUCAUAAAGAGUCACCCGUUACACACUACUACCCUGGUGAUGGUGCUUAUCGGCCGUCAAACUAUUAUGCUAACACGCACAGCAACCGCAACUAUAACAUCAACAACAACAACAAAUACUACAGUCCAACGUACAAACACCGUUUGGCUGAUAAAAGUGAAAAGUCAAGUUACUAUGGUGUCAGCGACAGUAGCAGUAAUAGCAAGAACCAAAAGCCUUUUGGCUAUUCAGCUGUUGGCGAUUCAACCGAUAAGCAGCCAGUGAAAUUUGCCAAUCUUUGGCAACACCAACAGCAGCCACAAUACAAAAAGUGGCAAUCAUGGCAGGAUUAUGACAGCAACUGGCAACCAUAUCAGCAGCGGCAACAGCAGAAACAUGCGAAAUGGGGGCAGCAACAACAAAAAUGGGCAACUCAUUCAAAAUUUGCAGGGACGGACAAUUGGUGGCAGCGCAACAAGCAACAUGUUACGAACAGUUGGAGUGCAAAGCCAGCUAAUUGGCGAGAUGAAAAUGUGCGCAUUCCUGAGGUGCCGGCGCAAACACGCGAACCAAUUGUGGCAUAUGCACCACCAAGUGAGCGGCUUCGACGCACUGAUACCACAAUCAAUUCAAAAGCCGAUGCAGUGGAAGCACGCAGCUUUGAUAGUGCUCAACGCCCGAUACUAACAACAAGACCCAAAGCUAAAAUCUAUCCAGUUUUUGGUCGGCGACGACGACGGAGGCGUAGUAGUGGCAGCAGCAGCAGCAACGAUGCUAAAUUGAACGCUUUCGAACUUAAGCUGGAGCGUAUACAUUUGCGUGAGCAAUUGCGUACGCGGCAAAAGUUGUUUGGCAAAAUUGAGAAGCUCUAUGAAACUCGUGGACUAAACGGCUCCGCCUGUGUAUUGCGCGCACUGUGCGAAACUGGACAGCAACAUAUAAAACAACGACAAAAUGAUAAAGCGGAACCUCAAAGUUUCAUCACGGAACUGCUACGCGCCAUGUUUGUGCUGCCCACAACUGACGUCAGUAGUAGCGGCGGAUCAGUGGAGUUCGAGGAACCUGCACUACACCCCACCGACUUGCACAUUGUUGACCGACCGUAUCGGGAGGCGCAGGCACAUCGCGGCAACUGUGCACAACUUUUUGCCAUGUGUGAGCAUAGCAUUUGGGACUAACUAAAAUGACAGCAUAAAA